GUCUGAAUGUCAAUAAAACGGGUCAAGGUAACAUUGAAUUCACAAAUGAAAAUUCAAGAUUUGCGUCGGAGGAAUGAUGAAGUUGAGGGGCAGAUACAUGCUCCGACUAACUGAUCAUCACCCCUUUACUACAACACCGAGUUUCUCUGAAACAACGGUUGCUGGAAUUCAGGGUUUACAAAAUGAAGAGUUACUAUCAGAAAGCAAUAUCAGACCAUUUGAAGAAAUUCCUGGCCCUUCUGGUAUAUACCAACUGCCAUAUUUGGGGCUAAUUUUACAAAUGAGGCCAUUCACAAAUUACGUUAAAGACAAUAUGCAGCAAAGAGUUUUAAGUUGGACAAAAACAUAUGGGCCGAUUUGUAAACAAAGACUAGGAAAUGACUGGUACGUUUUUCUUACUGAUCCUCGGGACGUAGAAAAGGUAUUCCGAAAUGAUAGAAAGUAUCCGUAUCGUGGAAUAUUGCCACUAACCAAAGUGUACACGGAAAGAACUCGAACAAAACCUGGACUGACAGCAUUAAAUGAUGAAGAGUGGUUUGCCCUGAGGAAAACGUCACAAAGAGCCAUUUUGCGACGGAAGUCGGUCCAUAAAUACUUGCCGGCCAUUAGUGCAAUUGCCGAUGAUUUUGUCGAUAAAUUCCGUCAUAAAGAUCGUAUUGAUGACGUAAUACAGCAUUUAAUGGAAUUCUCAACAGAAG